UGUUUUUCAUAAACUGUGUUUCUUCAUAACCAGGCUCAUGUCUCUGUGUAUGUAUCACAUUCUUCUAAUAACAAUAAUAAUGUAUAAACUCACAGGUGUGACAGAUUAAACGAAAGCACUUACAGUACAUUAAGAGGUCUGGUUUAUUACAAAACUGUCCAAAUAUGUGAAAACGGUUACAUAACAGUAUUGUUUCAACCGAGGGAGAACAGUGAGAACUAACACCAAAUAUGAAUGUAUUAUAGUCACAAGAGAUAAAUUAUGAACAACUGUUACCUGAAAACAUUUAUUUAGUUAAGUUUAGAUUUGUUUGUUUUUCCCACUCUCAAAUUGAAUUGCUUAUUCUCGUCUUUUGGAUAUAUUUUGUCCAACGCUUUAUCCAAAAUAGAAAGUAAUUCACUGAUUAAAUCAUUCAUUUAUUAAUAGACGUUAUAACCGCACUGUCCAGCAGCUGGUUGCCGUUUUUCUGCGGGUUAUUUCAUCAGACGUUGAACUGUAAAGUAGGUGAUGAUGCAAGACUACUGCGUUGAGCACAAACAAGCUGUGCGGACACGCCCCCUCCUGGUCUGCUGAAAAACAGCAGACACGCCCCCCCGAGGCUCAUUCACUGCUGCUCAGUAUGAAAAGUCAGAUAGUUGUUUUGAGCUCCUCUUCACUUUGUCUCCUCUGCUGGAAAUAACAAGCUGUGGCUUCUCGCUUGUCGGUUCAAUGACUGUGAGUUUUUGUGCUUGAUAUUUAAAAAAAAUUCUUGACUGUGAGUUAUGGUUAUGAAACUAGUUUCUCCAGUUACAGUACAGCUGCUCGGGUCAUCAAGUUUAGUCAAGUUCCAGGUGGAACAAGGAGUUGAAGUACCCCGGGUUUUGGCCCAGGGUCCAAGUGCCUUUAUUCCUGCAAAACAGAUGAUGAAGGAAGACAUGGACCAGGAAAUUCUCACGGAGUCCUUCUUGUCACUGGGUCGUGUUGACCACAUCACCAUGGUGAUGGCGCUGCACCCUGCCUACCUCAGCUGCUUCCUGAAAGCCCAGCAUGCUUUGUUGGAGAUGGACGGCCCCCUGCCCUGUCACUGGAGACAUUACAUCGCUAUAAUGGCUGCAGCGCGUCACCACUGUUCAUACCUGGUGCAGCAGCACAGUGCAGGCUUCCUGGAGGCGGGGGGAGAGGAGAGCUGGCUGAGUGGAAUCCAACACGCUCCCACCAAACUCCGCAGCCUGCAGACACUCAACAAACUGCUGGCACACCGACCCUGGCUCAUUACCCAGCAGCACAUCGAGGAGCUGGUGUGUCCUGGUGCAGAGCCUCGCUGGUCACUGGCUGAACUCAUACACGCUGUGAUCCUGAUGGCACACGCUCACUCACUCUCCUCUUUUGUGUGGGCCUGCGGCUUAAGCCCAGAACCCGACCACAUUGGAGGUUACACCUUUCGUCCUCCUUCGCCCAGUCACCUGCCCCGUAGUCCUCGUAGUCCCAAUAGUCCUCAUAGCCCUGCUCAUGAGGACGGGAGACAAGAGUUGGUUGAGGGAACGAUGGAGGUGGAGGUGUUGAUGAAGAGGAUGGUGGAGCUGCAGCAGCAGGAGGAGGAGUGCACACAGGAGGAGAUGGUGACCCGCUUUGAGAGGGAGCGGAGUGAGAGCAUACCAACAGCUGUGGUGCGGGAGGCUCCACCUGACCUGGUGCUGUGCCUGGUGGAGGAUCCUGAGUUCAGAUAUGAGGAUUUUGCACCCAGAGGAGAGCAGGCUCCGCCCACCAUGAGAGCUCAGGAUUAUUCCUGGGAAGACCACGGCUUCUCUCUGGUCAACAGACUACUGCCUGACAUGGGUCAGCUGCUGGAUGAGAAAUUCCAGGUGGUGAGCAACUUGACAUAUCACAGGAUGGCCAUGCAUGAAGGUGUGGACACACACACUCUGAGAAAAGCUCUGUGGAACUACAUACACUGCCUCUACGGGAUCCGAUACGACGAUUACGAUUACGGCAGCGUGAAUGUGUUGCUGGAGCGCUCUCUCAAGGUGUUUGUCAAAACCAUGGCCUGUCACCCUGAGCAGACCACGGCACGCAUCUACCACUCCUUCUGGAGGCACUUCAGACACUCGGAGAAGGUUCAUGCAAACCUGAUAGUGAUGGAAGCUCGACUCCAGGCAGCUCUCCUUUACACCUUACGAGCCAUCACACAUUACAUGAGAUGACAGUCAGUCGAGUUUUUGCAGACGCUGAGCCAGCUGUGACGUACCACACAGCCCUAUGCAUUACACAACCUCCACAGUAAAGCUUACACACUCCACACACACACACACACACACACACACACUACACUGAAUGUCUAUAAAUGCAUAUCUUUAA